GUUACAGCGCGGGGUCCGAGCUCCGUCCUGAAGUGACAGACGAAGAGUCAUGCGGCUACUACUGGGGCUUGCAGCCCUUGCGGCUGUGGCCGUCACCUUCACCUUCGGAAAUGGUUAUGAAAUCGGACGCGAGUACAUAUACGACUACUACGGACACUUGCACACGUUCAUGCCCGGAAUGAGUCAGCAAGCCUCCGGCAUCGUCCUGAAGAGCAAGAUCUUGGUCCAGCCUAAGAGGGACUAUCUCAUUUUCAAGGUGAUCGAUAUGAAGUUCGACAGGGUUCACAAGGAUGUCGAGUAUUUCAGCGAGCAUCCGUUCCAGUACAGAAUGGUUGACGAGCUGAGCCGCUUCAUCGAGAAGCCCUUCACGGUGCGAUACGACCACGGGAAGGUAAUGAACAUCCAGGUGACCCGGGGAGAACCAAUCUGGUCGGUGAACAUGAAGAAGGCCAUAGCGAGUCUCUUCAACGUCGACCUGGAAGCCAUCAACCCCAUCCUGCCUAAGGAAGAAGCCUUCUACGCCGACUGCGAACGAGGCACCUGCGUUGGUGGCGUCCGCUCUGAGCUCCCUGGCAUGUAUCGGGUCUACGAGGACGGCCUUUACGGCGAGUGUGAAACUGUGUACGACAUCCAGAAGACGGUGAACCCCGAGAACCCAUUCGCGAACGUGUUGAACGUGACAAAGAUCAAGAACUACAAAAAGUGCCGCAACACUCCCCAGGUCUUCUUCAAAGUCAGCCACGGUUCACGAUGCGUAGACUGCACCGGCGACGAGACUCACCCGCUGACAUCCAGCGCCGCGUACCACUACGACAUCCGAGGAACCAGGCACAACUUCAUCAUCGAGAACGUCGUUGGUGAUGGCGAGAUUAUGUACAGCCCUUACACGCCGGAGGGAAACAUCAUUAGGAUCAUUCUCAACCGUACACUUCACUUGAAGGAGAUCCGUGACAGCGUCAGUGACCUGACCUUCAACGAGGACAUGGUGACCUACCCGAAGCUCUCGUUUCUAUUCUCCGAAGACCACGACACCAAGCGCGUGGUUGAUCUCAAGAGUGCCCACCAGCUGGUAGCUACGUACGGACUCAAGGGCAACGUUGACGAGGUUGGCCGACUAUUCAGGAACUUCGUGGAAUGGGACUUCAGCGAUGAAGACCUCAAGGAGGCCAUCAAGAAGGACAAGCUGCCCAUCAAGUUCCUGGAAGUCAUCUAUUCGUUCGUCCUGCUCGACUACAACCAGAUAGACGACUUCUACCACCGCUACGUUGAGCCUGGAUCCAAGUACCACAAGGAGUAUUUCCUCAGCGUUCUGACGGCCGCCGGCACCAACCCGUCUUUCAUGUACGCCAAGCAUCUCAUCCAGAGCAAGAAGCUCGACGAAGACGCUGCCUCCGAGAUGCUCAUCAACCUUCCUAAGCACAUCCGGGAACCCACGGAGAUCCUCUUCGACGAAUUCUACCGUCUGUGCGAGGCAAGCUACGUAAGAGAGACCUUCAGUCUGCACUCAGCCUGCCUGCAGUCGCUCAGCAACAUAGUGCACGACAGCUGCAUCCUCAACUACCACAACACAUGGAACGACGCCAAGGACCACGUGAUCUGUACGCCCGAAGUCGCCACCAAAUACUACAACUACCUGGUGCCCGUGUACGAGCGCGAGAUGAGCGUAGCAGAGAAAAUGAUGUACAUCAAGGUGGCCGGAAACUUUGCCGUCAAGGAGUCCCUGCCGUACCUGGCUCACUACGUCCGCGACAAGACCAACAAGUACCCGGCCUACCUGAGAAUGGUCGCCAUCUGGUCCAUGACCAAGUCCGCCUUCUUGUACCCGGAGAAGGUUCGUGAGAUCUUGUUGCCCAUCUACCGAAACUGGACCGAGACACACGAGAUCCGGAUUGCCGCCUUCUCCGUCGUCAUGAGGACCCAUCCUGACCUCUACCUCCUGAAGUCCAUCGCCGCCGACUUGGUCACAAACGAGCCCAACACUCAGGUCAUCACGUUCGUCUACACACUCUUCAAGAGCUUCGCCGAGUCGAAAUACCCAUGCCACUUCGAUCUGUCCCAGCACCUCCGAUAUGUGAUACCCAUCAUCGAGGAGGCCGAUGUACUGAAAGACAUCAACGAAUGGACCUACUCGAAAAUUAUGAUGAACAGCGGAUACGAGCCCGAGUACGACUACGGCGGAUUCACGGCGCUCUCGUACGUCAUGGCCAACGACAGCUACCUGCCGCGCACGGUGAUGUUCAAGAUGAACGACUACAAGAACAACUUCAACUACGACUCCCUCGAGGUGACCUUCGACGCCUGGGGUCUCGACCAGCUGCUCGACAAGGUGUACGGACCGCGCGUCACCGGCGACGUGCACCCGGAGCGCAGCCUGUGGAACUUCUUCAGACGCAAGAGGCCCACGCGAGAUAUCUCGCUCAACAAGGAGGUCAAGGAGAUCGACCAAAACCUCCACAUCAAGACACGGGACUACGGAGAGCCAUUCGUGACAUUCCGGGUGGCCGCCUUCAACAACGAGAUCAUGUCGUUCACCUUCAACGAGACCACGCUGGCUCCUCUGUUCACUGAAGGAGCUGACCCGUUCUCAUGGAUCAAGAACUUUGCUGGUGAGAUGAAGGACUUCAAGGUCCAGAAAUUCCUGAUCGGCGAAGACAUGUCGCUGUUCCUGCCAACUGAGCUCGGUCUGCCUUUCUACCUGGAGCAGAAGCAGCCGUUCUUCGUGAACUACAAGAACAAGGACUUCAAGUUCGACGUCAAGGUCGCCCCAGACGGCAACUACAUCGAGGAGAUUGGCGUCAAGAUGCAGGGACACUUCCUGUACGAUACGCACAUGAUUGAAACGGCGAGCGUCUUGCUUCCCUUCGAGAAGGUCAGCGUCGGAGUGGGCUACGACAGCCGAAGCGCCAUCUCGGUGCCGUUCAACUUCGACGCCGGUCUGAGCUUCGUCGACCACAAGUUCAAGAUCCACGGGCGGCCGCAGACGCCGCACGAAGUGUUCCACUACGAGUUCAAGCCUUUCAGCUUCGUCGAGAGCUUCGAGAAUUCCCUGCCUGUCACUCACGAGGACACCCGCGUCGACAUCUUCCUGCCCGAAGAUCUGCACAAGUUCGAGAAGGAGUACUUCCACGACAUGCUCGGCGUCGGCCUGAAAGUGGACGGCCACUUCCUGGAGACGUACGACUUCUGGGGAUCGUGGAUGGACUUCUGGUACUUCGGCGACCUCCGCCAGAAGUACUACUACCUCACCGAGAACCCCAUGUGGCACCCGAGGAAGCUCAACGUUAUCCUAACGCCAGCUAACCGAGACAUCACAAACGAGUUCGAGUUGAAGUUCGGCUGGAAGUUCCUCACUCCCGAGACCCGCGGAAACCAGAUAUUCAAGUCCAAGUACGCCUCCGAGAUCGGAGACCCGGCCUUCUCGGUACGCGACGAGGCUCGCUCAUACACGACCAUCGUCGACGGCGAAUUGGUGCUGAGGGGCCAGCGGGAGCGCAAGAUCGUCUCCGAGUUGGUGUACACUCGAACCCGCGACCUGCUGCUGCACAACGUCAACUUUAUCUACGACCGCACGCCGUUCGCCGUUGGCGAGACCGGUCCAGUAAAGGUCUGUUUCCAUGGCAGCAUGAAGUUCCCGCAACCCGAUUACGUCAAGAUAGGCAUUCUGGAUCUCAUUUCCGACAGCAACGCAGUGAGCACAAACUUCAACCUGAACUUUGGAAAAGACUGCAAAUCUGACCAGAAGAUCACGAUGCGAGCCAUAUGGGAGCACACGGAGGAACAGAAACACCUGCUCGAGACCCGGGACCACGAAGAGCCGGUCGGCAAGUUCCUGAAGAACCCGUACAGGUACCUCUGGAAGGAAUGCUCGCACGACAAGGCCAACGGCGUUCACUGGAGCAAGGCCUGCGACGAGUUGCUGUUCGACGUGACCACGCUCAAGAAGUUCACUGCCGACAUCGAGUACGAACACCUCUCAAAGAAGUUCAUCAAGUACAUGCACGAGCUGAGGAGGCACGUCCGCUACAGCUACUUCCCGUGGCUGUACCAGCUGGAGGACUUCGAUGUGACCAACCCCGAGGGCAAGAUGAAGGUGAUCGGCAACGUGAGCGCCUUCAGCGACGUCUGGGACCUGCACGUGACCCUGCCCAACGAGAUCAUCAAGUACAAGCAGGCACCGCUGCCUUGGUGGUUCAUCACGCCGCGCUUCUACUCGCUCUUCGAGUACUCCAACCUCGAGCAGUACUCGUCGCUCUUCAGGCACAGAUUCUGCGACGUGCAAGGAACGAUGAUCAAGACGUUCGACGAAGUCAUCUAUGAACUGCCCGACACCGACUGCUACAAGGUGUUGGCCAAGGACUGCUCAGAACAUCAACACUUCCUCGUUCUAGGGGCCAAGACCAGGAACGUUAACUACCCGAAGGCCAUGCGCAUGUUCCUGCACACGUUCAAGAUCGAAGUGCUGCCGGUGUCCGACGACAGCGUGCCCAUCGCACGAGUGAACGGGAAGAAGGUGCCCGUGACGCCGGAGGAGCCCUUCCGUCAGUACGUCAACACCGGAGUGCGCGACGUGGAGCUGUUCCGCAUCGAGACUUACGGACACCAGCCCGUCUACAAGGUCUUCUCGGAGAGCUUCGGGGUCCGGGUUACCCACGACGGCAAGGGUAUCUUCGUCCAGCUUGCUCCUUUCUACCGAGGCAAGGUGUGCGGUCUUUGCGGCGACUACAACUUCAACAAGUUCCACGAGUUCACUGGGCCUGACAAGUGCCUGCACCCCAACUCGACCACGUUCGGGAACAGCUACGUCAUCCCAUCGGACAACUGCAACGCGCCCCACUACCGAAACCCGUGCGCCUACAAUGUCGGUGAGCAGUGCACCGUGAUGCGCACCGUGACCAGAGAGCGCGGCGAGGGCAAGGAGCGCGAGGUGUGCUUCUCGCUCACCCCUCUGCCCAAGUGCUCGGACACGUGCGUCGAGACUCGCCUCAUGAGCACCGAGAUGGGCUUCCACUGCCUGCCGGCGCGCGACGCCACCACCAAGCACCUGCUGCAGCAGGCCUCGGUGCGACCGCUCACCGAGUUCCGCCGCAAGAGGCAGUACCUCAAGACCACCGUCUAUUUCCCGGAGAGCUGCUACAAACCCUGAGAUCCGCGACUCCUCCCAUUUCCAGCGGUGCUGCGUAGUCCCCACCUCGGAAGCCGAUUGCUGGCUCAAUCGUUUAGUCUCACGUUUCUCUAGCGAUUUUUUUUUCUUUUUACAAGUAAACUUCCAAGCUCUCGAGAAAAAUAGGGGCGCGGCCCCUUGUGAUCUUUAACCUCCCAGCCCUUGACGUGUUCUUCAAUCAAGUAUUACUGGCGACGACUUUACUUACAAACGACUCCGUGGCUGUGUACACUUCACUGUGCUUUCGGGAAACGAUGAUUUAGUGAAAUAAAAGAUAUUGUGAUUUCGAAA